GAUAUUGCUGAGAAAGACGGGCUACUCUUCUAUAAGAACCGACUCUACAUUCCGGCAGACGACCGUAUCAAGAUCCGGAUAGCACAGGCAGAGCACGAUUCAAAAGUGGCAGGACACUUUGGACAAGACAAGACGUUGGAGCUCAUCACGCGCAACUUCUAUUGGCCAAAAAUGAACGAGUGGAUUGAUGACUACGUUCGGUCAUGUGACGAGUGCCAGCGCAAUAAACCCAGCCGCCAUAAGAAAUAG